AUGGCGACUGAACUCCGUUUCCCUGACAGCCUCAUCGACGAAGAUCCAUUGAAGGCUCUCGAGGCACUGAAUGACGCCUUGCAAGGAGACUCAGACAACGCUGAGUGGCUGUGUCAGCGUGCCUAUGCCAACAUACUUCUCAAAAACUACAGCUGUGCUCUUGAUGAUGCCAAGAAAGUGCAGCAGCUGAAUCCAGGCCUUUCCCUUGCCUUCAUGCGAACAGGAAUAGCAGAGUACCACCUAAAUCACUACGAGUCAGCCCAUGAAGCCUUCAGCCAUGGACUCCAACUGGACGCUUCUGACAAAUCAUUUGAGAUUUGGAUCAAGCGAUGUGAGGAAAUGCUUGAUGAAAAGCACAACGGCAGUGUUGACGUGAAAAUACCAGCGGUGCCACUUGUGAAACAUGACUGGUACCAAACAGAAUCGCAAGUCAUCAUCUCCAUUAUGGCAAGAAAUGUACCUAAAGAUGGGGUGUGUGUCAACUUCAUGGAAAAAGAGCUCUCAGCCUCAAUAAGGCUGGCGUCAGGAGAAAACUACCAGCUCAACAUCCAUCUUCUGCAUCCAAUUGUACCACAGCAAAGCAACUUCCGGAUCCUCACAACUAAGGUGGAGAUAAAGAUGAAGAAGACAGAUGCCAUCAGAUGGGAGAAGCUAGAGGGGGAAGGGCAGGAUUCCAACAUCAAACAUUUUGUUGCAAGUCAGUACACGACAUCGCUCCACCAAAGCCGCAAAUGGGACAAGAUGGUGGUAGACAUUAACGAGGAGGAGAAAAAUGAGAAGUUAGAAGGCGAUGCAGCGCUCAACCAGCUCUUUCAGCAAAUCUAUGCGGAUGGCUCGGACGAGAUCCGUCGUGCCAUGAACAAGUCUUUUACGGAGUCAAACGGUACAGUUUUGAGCACCAACUGGAAAGAUGUGGGCAAGAGAAAAGUGGAAGCAAGCCCCCCUGAUGAUGUUGAGUUGAGGAAGAACUGA